AUGUCAAAGAACAAACGCAGUAUAUCAAUCAUAAACCUUGAAGCCUCCUCUUCUGAUUCCGUAUCGAGUCGAAGUUCCAAAAAAAUAAGGCUUACGCCUUCAAAUCACGCAUCAACUUGUGACGACUCCGCUUGCAAAGGUUGCGAUGUGGGUGAAGUAGAAAUUGUUUUCACUACCGAUGAAGGUCAGGGAGUUGAACCGUCUCCAAAUGACCUUCUUCAGUUGGCUUUAGAAGAAUCUUCUAAAGAAUCCUCAAGAGAACACGGUAUCGCUAAACGUCUAUUUGAAAUGUCACUCGAAGGGUUUGAUAAGUUAAUAUCAUUAGAAGAGCAGAAAAUAGAAAUGGAAACCGUAAAAAGCAAGGAAAAAGAAGCGCGUUAUCGAUCCGCUACUAAGCAAACAAGAUAUCAAUACGCUUUUUGUUGUGUCGCUUUUGGGAUUUAUUUGCCAAUUAUCGAACAUUUACGUAAAGGAAUAGAAAUAUAUAAACAAAUAAUCAUUGAAGAUGAUGAAUAUUAUGAUGCUUGGAUAGGACUAGGGAGAGCACGAAUUUACCUGGCGAAAAUUGAAAGAGAGAUGUUUCAGAAUGAUCAAAAUGAUUUAUCUGACUCGGAGAAUUCAAAGAAAGAACAAAAAUCAUCUAUAGAAAUCGAACAGGCUUCUUUUAAUUUGGCAAUAAAUGCAUUUGAUAAGGGUCUUUCUAUCCUUAAAUCAAAAGAUGAGAACAAAUAUGUAAUCAAAUCAAUCCUCAUAGCUAAAGAUCUUCAAGAAUAUGCAUUGUCGAUUGAUCAUCUGAAAUUUACCGAUAACAAAAAUUUAGAUGAAAUUAAUUUCGCACAAGGAAUUCAUGGGUGUUGUCUAUAUUAUCUUGCCAAAUUAAAAACCGAUCAUAAUGAUGACGAAAAUGAAGAAUCUAAGUUGCUUCUCAAUGAAGCGAUAGAAAAGUUAUCAAAAGCGAACGAAGAGGACAGGUUCACAGAAACUCUUGGACAAUCGUAUAUAUUGAAGACUAUCAUUGAAAGUGAUGAAGAGCAAAUUAUGGAGGCAUAUGAUAAAGGUCUCGAGUGUUUGAAACAAGCUUAUAAGCUUGAUCCAGAUAAUGAAAAUUUGAGAGAGCAAUUGGAAACACUUGGUGCCCUUAAUAAGGAUGACAACGAAGAAUAUUUUGGAUGA